AUGACUAAAGCAAAGCGACCAAGAAAGCUCCCUGCUGGAGCAGCAACUAUUUCCCCGACAGCACCGCCAACCACAUCUGCCCUUCAAAAGGACGGUAUUCUUGGUUACAAGAUCCGCGUCCUAAUAUACGAUCUUCUGAAUGUUGCCAAGGAUCCGUCGUCAGCAAGGAGACUGAACGCCACGGUAGACGAGCACUAUAUCAGCACACCAUAUUUCACGGUCCCCGAGGCGCAAACCGUCAAGAAUGCUACAGUCGAUGUAGAAAUCAGCUCCCAUCUUAUACCAGACCAGUCUAGUGCUAAAUAUACUAUACUGGGAAAGUCGCUAGACAGCGCACUUUGCGCUUUGCUCCAGAACUUCCUCGACAAACGAAGAGCAAGCGGCGACGCUCGGCCUUGCGGGCCCCAUAAUCUGGCGCCUGUAUUUGCGGCUCUUUUUGGAAUAGACGUGGAAGAGCUGAAGGAUGAAAAAUUCCUAGGCCGCCUGAGGAGAAAUAGGGUGUAG